AAGGAUUUGAAAACUUUGGAAGAACAAGCCGGUCCUAACCCAAAGACUUUGACCAAAAAACUGUGGGCUGAGGCAGCCAGGAAGCUGGGAGAUGCUGCUUCGAUUUCAGCACUGUGCCGAUGGGAAUCAGAAAUGGCAGAAACUCUUGGUUUAAGCAGCCUUCCAUACCAGAGAAAGGAGGGACCAUUGCUAACAACUGCCGAACUCAUCUUCCAAGAAAUUACUGGGCAAAAGCUGGUCCAAAUGGGUGACACUAUCAUUCAUUCCCACCAAGGAUGGAAGCUUGCUGGGUAUCCUUUUAUUUUGGACUUUAUCAAAGGUCUGUUUGGAAAGGUGAGCAGCCCAUCGCAAGAAACACUUCAGCACUACAACAAUCAGAAUCCAUUUGGUACCUGGCGAGUCUUUCAACACUACCUCUCAGUUGCUGUUGCAAAUCAGGCUGAAGAUGACGAGUCGAUCUUUCUCUGGAACACAAUGCCUAAAAAGCUAGUGGCGUCCUGGGACUGGCAUGGAAUUAUGUACAACACUACAUAUGGCUUCCAAUGCGCCAUCGCUGAUCAAGCUUCCAAUGCCACUGCAACUAGAGCUGUUGAUGACAUCAAACUUGAUGCCUUUGUGCCCCGUUUUUUUUCUAAGCUCCUAGACCACGAAAUUGAUACCCUGAAAGCAGCAUUGACAUCCAAGGUGGGGGGUACGAUUCCCAAUUUUUCUGUUCCCUAUGUGCCUUACAAAGGAGAGGAAAUCUUUCUAUUGCAGGCAGCAAUAUUUUGGCUUUGCAAGAACACUACUGCCCAGGAGAAGUGCCAUGCUGCUGACAUCAUGAAAAUUGGAUUUGCCAAAGUCUUGUGGGUGAAAAAGACAUCCAUUGCUGAGAUACCAAAGAAGUAUUAUCAUUCCAAAGACACAAAGAUUGGUUUUAAACUUUCACAGUUACAGGGUUUGAUGCAACGGAACAAAACAUGGACCUACGAUGAACUCUACACAACACUGAGACAAUUUUCUAAUAACAAGCUGGACAGGGGCCUUUUUAAUUGUGCAAUUAAGCAGUUGAAGCCGCUAAGAGAUGUGAAGAAUACAGUUUCACUUUAUGAUGCCUGGCUACCAGCUUCAGAAAUGGACGCUGUGUCGCGCCGGCUCUUGGACAUCCAAGAAGAGGUAGAAGACUAUGGACUUGCAUUGUUCAUCUACUCAUGUUAUGGAAUUGCAUCAAGCACACUAGUUGGUCGCAUUGAAUAUCUCCGUGAAAGGAUCAGACAUCAUACUAGAUCCAUAAGAAGGGCUAAUACAGAAGAAGAGAAAACGGAAAAAACCAAAGCAGCAGAAGAAGAAAUUGAAAGUCACACUCUGUGCAGUACUUCAAGAACAUUCAAUUUAUACCCAAAUUGA